AUGGAAAAUUAUGUAUGUGCGAAAAGAACUACGAUGAACUAUGCUAAUCUUUCCACAAGUCGGCGAAACCUAGACAACUCUACGUCAUCCGCUGAAUAGUACAGUUUUUUGGCGUGGAAUUUUCUCCUAACGGUCAGCAAGUAAAAAAUGGAUUGCAAAAAAUUUCGUGUCAAUAAAGGUGGAAAUUUGAACGGUUGUCCCAAGCUUUCUACACGAGCAUUUCGCACGUGAGCGUCAGGUACUUUUUUUUAAAAGCAAAGGAGGCGCUGACAUACAUAGGUUUAUUUACAAUAUUCUACCCGCUGCUAUGACUAAUAAGGUAGCAAACAAAUACAGCUAUGUAGGGCACAAGAAGAAGCAUGCAUUUAAAGAUUUGCCGUUGUGCACAGUUAUAUACAAAUCAGUGCGUCAUCUAUUUCCAUCAUCACAGGACGAAGAGAUUCGUUCAAGAAUCAGUAGCUGGUUAGAUCAGUCUGGCACAAGACUCAAGAGGGAAUCAGACACUGAAGCAGCCGGUUCCAAAAAACGAAGAAGAGAUGUAAAAUAUUACAUCGAUUUAGAGGAGAAUGUAGCAGAAGAAAAUUCAAUGAAUGAAGAAUAAACUUUGUAAUUUUAACUUUUUCAUGUACUAUUAAUAUAAGUAAGUUAUUU